GCGUGGUGGGAAAUAAACUUCUCAGCUGAACAACCAUAAAUAUUGUCUGUUUUUGAGUCCAUUUGAAUGAUUGUGUAAGUUUUAAUCGCUGUAAUGGAUUGUGGAAUGCCUAACGAAGAUUCUGAAGGAAUUUCAAAUCUCGAACUGCUGUCUGUAGUUGGUUUUGCAGGAAAAGUACCAAGUGGUUUACUAGUGCAUCCCGACAGACAGCAUUUGAUUUAUGCCCUUGGAGAUACAGUCAUUAUUGAAAAUCUUGAAGAAAAAAAGAAUAGCAAAGGCCUUGGUGACUCACAGAAAGUAUAUCUACGAGGUCACACAGACAAUGUAACAUGCAUAGCUGUAUCMAACACCGGCAAAUACAUUGCUUCUGGUCAACAAACCCACAUGGGAUUCAAAGCUGACAUUAUUGUGUGGGAUUAUGAAGAAAAGAAACUCUGUCACACAUUUACAUUGCAUAAAGUCAAAGUACAAGCAUUGGCUUUCUCACCAAAUGACUUGUAUCUUGUCUCCCUUGGUGGACAAGAUGAUGGAUGUGUUGUUUUAUGGAACAUCCAUGGUGAGUGCAAAGAAGCUGUCUGUGGUAGUCCAGCGGCAGUACAAAGUGCUGGUGUAACAUAUGCUGUGACAUUUUCUAAUCAUGAUGACAAUCUCUUCUUCACUGCUGGGCAAAAAACUCUGAGAAUUUGGAAUGUUGAUAUCCCAAAYCGCAAGAUUCGUCCAGUUGACUGUAAUUUGGGGCAACUUAAAAGAGAUGUCAACUGUAUUAAGGUCUCAGAAGAUGAUCAGUAUUUCUAUUGUGGUACAUCAAGUGGUGACAUACUUGUUGUUUCAGUUGCAACACAUAUUCUAAAGAACUCUCUGCCACAAGGUGGAAGCAAGUACAGCCAGGGCGUGACGGCYAUACAAAACUUGAARGGUGGCAACCUGUUGGUGGGAUGCGGUGAUGGAACUGUAGAGGUCAUCAGUGGCUACAAGGAGGGUGAAAAAAAGAAAGAAAAAACACAACGAUUCAAAUCUCAAAAAGUUGAAGGAGCAGUGACAUCAUUAGCGCUGAGAGGAAAUGGCCAUCAGUUCUUUGUUGGCACAUCUAAYUCAAACAUAUACAAGUUUAACUAUAACGAAUUCUCUUGGGAAUUAAUCAAAACUUCCCAUUCAAGCUGCAUCAAUGAUGUUGUAUUUCCAUUUGGAAGCUCAGAUGUCUUUGUCACAUGCUCGAAGAAUGAAAUUCGUAUUUGGUGCACUUUCACCAGUAAAGAACUUGUAAGAAUUGAAGUACCAAACAUGAAAUGUGGUGCAGUGGAUAUCAUGAGARAUGGCAAAUCAAUUGUCAGUGGUAAGUUAAGGUAGUA